AGCAGGCAGUGCCUGAUCCAAAAGCAGAGGGAGCUCUAGGACCAAGACUGAAUCCUCUUCCUGCUUCAUGGAAGCCCCUCCUCAUGUAGCUCAGAGAAUCUGAGAAACAUACACAUUGAGGGGGAAUAGUAGAAACAGGACACGGAAGGACAGAGAGGCUGGCUGAGAGAAAGAAGUCAAGGGAGAACUAAGCUCCCUGGUUGCCUUUUGUACUUGUCUGCACGUGCCUCCCAGGAUGCCUACUUGCAGAAGUAAGGGAAACUGAUCCACUCUUCCCCCAUCAGCUCCAGAAGCAGGUUUGCUCAGACAAAUACAGUGAAACCUGUCACUUGUCUGAGUUCUACAGUCCAGAGGUGGAGAGAGCCAGAGCUGAGAUAUGUCCGGCUUCUCAGGAUCUAUCAAAUCAACAGGCAUAUGGUGUGUUGUCUUUUUUGCAGUCCUGGCAUGGGCUGAGGAGACCUCCAUGUAUGGGGAAAUUUUGUCCCCUAACUACCCCCAGGCAUACCCCAAUAACGCAAAGGAGACCUGGAACAUCACAGUUCCUGAUGGGUAUGGCAUCCAUCUCUACUUCACUCAUCUGGACAUGGAAUUGUCAGCCAACUGCGAGUAUGAUUCAGUGAAGAUCAUGGCAGGAGACCUUGUGGAGGGGGUACUCUGCGGGCAGAAGAAGAGCAAGAACCCCCGUUCUCCAAUAGUGAAAGAGUACCACGUCCCAUAUAACAGCCUCCAAGUGGUCUUUGAGUCAGACUUCUCAAAUGAAGAGCGUUUCACAGGAUUUGCUGCUUACUAUGUUGCUGUGGAUAUAAAUGAGUGCACAGACUUUGAAGAUGCCCCUUGUAGUCAUUUCUGUAACAACUUCAUUGGUGGUUACUUCUGCUCCUGCCCACCAGAGUAUUUCCUCCAUGAUGACAUGAAGAAUUGUGGAGUGAAUUGCAGUGGGAACAUGUUUACUGAUCUAACUGGGGAGAUUACCAGCCCUAACUAUCCCAAUUUGUAUCCUGAGAACUCCCACUGUGACUACCGGGUCUUUUUGGAAAAAGGCUUCCAAGUGGUAGUGACCAUUAAGAGAGAAGAUUUUGAUGUGGAAGCUGGAGAUGCAGGAGACUGUCCAGACAGCUUGCUUUUCACUGCAGGAGGUCAGCAGUUUGGGCCCUACUGUGGUAAUGGAUUCCCCGGGCAGCAAAUAAUUGAAACCAAGGACAACGUUCUUGAUAUUGUCUUCCGGACUGACGAAACAGGGCAGAAAAAGGGCUGGAAGCUUCGUUACUACGGAGAUCCAAUGCCAUGCCCUCAAGAAUUCACAGCCAACUCUGUUCAGGAUCCUGUAAAGGCCAAAUAUGUGUUUAAGGAUACUGUGAAGAUCACUUGUCUGGAAGGGUUUGAAGUUGUGGAGGGAAGAGUCAGCUCAACAUCCUUCAUUUCUACUUGUCAAAGUAAUGGGCAGUGGAGUAAUUCCAACCUAAAAUGCAAACCGGUGGACUGUGGCUCACCUGAACCCAUUAAAAACGGGAAAGUGGACGAUACAGGAGAUACCUCAUUUGGGGCUGUGAUUCAGUAUACCUGCAAUGAGCCAUAUUAUUACAUGAAGACCGAAGGGACUGGGGAAUAUCAUUGUGCUGCCGAUGGGACUUGGAUGAACAAGGCUCUGGGCGUGGAGCUGCCUCAAUGUGCAGCAGUCUGUGGAGUUCCCAGUCAACCAUUUAUGGAAACCCAGAGGAUUUUUGGGGGCAAAAAGGCAGAUAUUGGCAGUUUCCCAUGGCAGGUAUUCUUUCAGAAUCCAAGAGCUGGUGGAGCCCUCAUCGAUGAACAUUGGGUGUUAACUGCUGCCCAUGUGUUAGAGGGGAACUCCAACCCUGUCAUGUACAUGGGGACUACCUUGGUUAAUCCUUCAGCUUUGGAGAAUGCCCAGAUGCUCGUUGCUGAUGGUGUCUUUGUCCAUCCGAGAUGGACGACUGUUGGUGAGGGAGAAACAAGGAAGAACUUUGACAACGACAUUGCACUGGUUCGCCUAAGAGACCCGGUGAAGUUGGGACCUAAUGUUUCUCCCAUAUGCCUGCCAGGCAGUUCACAGGAGUAUGACCUCACAUAUAAGACCCUGGGACUGAUCUCAGGCUGGGGUCAAACAAAUAGACGUAUAAAUGUUAUUGAACUUAGAGGGGCAAAGUUACCUGUGGUCCCCCUGGAAAAGUGUCGAUCAGUAAAGACUAAUGACCCCACAAUAGAUACCAGUACCUACAGUUUUACCGAUAACAUGGUCUGUGCUGGAGGAGAGAAGGGGAGUGACAGUUGUAAAGGGGACAGUGGCGGGGCUUUUGCUGUACAGGUCCCUAACGAAGCGAAUACCAAAUUCUAUGUGGCUGGUCUGGUGUCAUGGGGACCCAAAUGUGGUACUUAUGGGAUCUACACUAAAGUAAAGAAUUACAUUUCCUGGAUUGAGAAGACCAUGCAGGAAAAUAGGGUCUCUGAUCAAGAUUAGUCCAUUCUUCUAUUACCCGCCUCUCUGGAUUGUCAUAGCCACACUGCUUUCUUCCCUGCCCAGUAUUUCAUUGUGACUGGGAGCGACCGAACUGGUGGGGGUGGGGGUGGAAUGUAUUGUUGGGUCUGAAAUAUCCUUCAGAAUGUAUUCCUCUGUUGUAAUGGCACCUGGUGGGUGAUACUCAACUCUAUAUUCUAUUAUGACUACUUUUACCUUUGGAGACCUCUUCCUAUUAGCUCAUGUCAUUCCUUUUACUCUUGCCCAAUUCUGCCACAAUGAGGAACGGCCCAGAAAGAACUCUCUUGCCCCUAGUCCUGAGGCAUGCCAGUUCUUACGGCUCUGACGGUAACAGUGACUGAUGGAGACACUAUUUACCUCCCUUUACCACCUCUUCCCUCCACUCAAUGUUAUAUUUAACGAAUCAUUCUUAACAUCCAGUAAUCAGCCACAAUAAAGUGCAAUUCCAUCUCAA